AUGGUUGCCAUUGUUCUUCUAAAAACUAUAAUAUUUCCGAAAACGGAAAACGCGACACCCGCGACACCCGCGACACCCGCGACACCCAAGCUUCGGGUGGAGACGAAGAAUACAAAGUCUCAUGGUAGUGACAGAGACAGCAACAUGGCGGCUCUUGUAAACAAACCGGCGUGCUGUCCUCAGUCCAUGCUUGGUUGUGUUGUUGUUGGUGGUGACCUUGGUCAUCAACAUCAAGUUGCAGCUAUCAAAUGGCAAGAUAUGGAAAGGGCAUUCCAGGACAGAGUUAAAACUGGAUGUGUAAUCAAUCUUAGACACACCGAUUUAAAAGCUUUUUUAAGAGAGGCUGAAAAUAUGGCUAUAGAGAAGAUCCAACAAUCAAUGCAGGAGCAUGGUAGCUUAAAAGUCUACACCCAGCUACUCUGCAAAUUUGAAAAUCAUAAAAAUGAUGCUGUUGUUGUAGGAACAAAGUCUUUUCAAACUAAGACUUCUACAAUAUUAGCUAACACAGAACUGCAUGAAUGGUUUCAAGACAAUGUUACAGAUCAACUGCUGAAAAAAAUUGAGAAUUUUAAUGAGAAUCAGUCUGGAUGCAAGGCUAAAGAAGAUGAUGAAAAAGAUCCUAGCAUAAUUGUACCGCUAUAUCUAAGCUCAAAUCUUGACUGUCAAAAAGACACUAUUCAUUUACUUAUGAUAGAAACAAAUAUUACUUUAAAUGAUGAUGAUGAUAGUAUUGAAAACCAUAGACCGAUAUUUCAUUUUGCAUUCAUUAGAAAUCUGUCACGUCUAGUAAAAAGUAGCAUCACAAAAGGAAAAACAAAAUUAUUCUUUUGUGAUCGAUGUCUA